AUGACGCAUGCCCGGAAGAAACAAUUUUUCCUCCUGAAACACCCAGCUGGUUCUGCUGGCCAAGCCUCAUUGCCAACAGGCAGCAGGAGGAUGGACAGGGCCGGCGCAAAGUGCAGCAAGCAGCGGGACAGAGAUGCCUCUGAGGCUCCAAACUGUCCCAGUGGGUUUGUGGGGACUAACAAGAGCAAGACUUUGCGUGAGGUGCGAAAGACGUACCCACUGCGGAGACGUCAGCUCCCCUCGGUGAACAAAAAGACCUGCAAGGUACUCCUCACCAGGCUGGAGGAUGUGGCUGGGUCUCUGUCCAAGCAGACCCAGAGUUGUAAAAAAAAGGACCUUCCCAGUUGGAUGGAGGGUUUGGGAUCUGCCUUGUUCUCCGAACAAGUUCAGCCUGUGGGAGCGGGGAAGAGUGAUUCAUCUGGGGAGAAGUGCACAAUAACUUAUCCAGGGCCAGAGCAGGACCUUGAUCCUGCUCCUUCGGAGCCCAGGAAGCGCCGGUUGGCCUCGCUGAACGCAGAGGCGGUGAACAACCUGCUGUUCGAACGGGACGAUGGCUUGUUAUCCGGCAGGCGCUUCCGGAGGGACUCCGUGAAAGCUGGUGGAGACUGUGCCCUGAAGGGCUUGCAGGGCAAAGCUGGUGACAGCUGUCCUGUCCUGAAAAAGCCAGCUGUGAAAACAGGGAAAGGAAAGAACCGGCACGAGCCCAGUCAGAAAUGCAAUAGCUGUGAGCAUUCACUGGAUGAGGUCUUUGAUGACGGGACAAAGAGGGAGGACGGUGCCGUCUCCUAUCAUCCCACCCCAAAGAGACUGGCCAGCCUGAAUGCUGUGGCCUUCCUCAAGCUGACCCAUGAGAAAGACCAACCCCUGAAGCAGAGGAGUAAAUCGGACGCAGAGGGCAAAUCUGAGAACCACUGUUCGAAAUCAACACUCAAAUGGGCCAAAACUGGUAGGAAAAAUUGUGUCAAAUCCAAGAAGGAAGUGGCCAGCUUAAAAAUGGAUGGACAGCACGGCUGGCAAGGCCAGGCCCUGGGCACGUUUGGGAAGGGGGAGCAGCGAGACUCCUCCAGGCUCUAUGGGACAGCGGAGCCUGUCCCCUACGAGUCACUGUCUGGCUCCUACGCUAGCACAGAGGGCUUCUACCACAGACUGCCUUUGCUCAUGGGUGGCCAAGCAUCCAUGAAACCGGAGUAUGGAAGACCUGGAGAGAAAUCCCCAACCCCCAAACAGGAAUUUCAUCAGCCUUCCUUUCCCGUGCAGCAGUUCCCUCCCUUGCCCGUGCCCGGGAAUCACGCGGAUUGUGGUUGUCUCUAUGAAUCCUCGGAUCUGACUCCGUUGAAUGGGUUUUACGUUUAUUAUGGCCAAAGUGGAUACAGUGGCUACUCUCCCUGCUCCAUUUACCCCAAGGACGAGCUGUCACAGGCUGCCACCUGCGAGGGGCUCUUGGUAUCUCCGGGUUCCUUGCCGUCAGGCGCUCAUUUCCAGCCGCUGCACUGGUGCAGCUCUCCCUACUGCUGCGGAGAGGGCACGGCCGUGAGCAGCUACAGCCUGUGCGGAGUGGUGCACGUGCCCGAGGGCAGGAUGGGCACUGUGCACGCGGGACGGAACAGCUACCCCUACAAAAUGCCUUUUGCAGCAGAAGGCUGCAAGUCUCUGGACCAGCUGAACCUCACAAUCCCAGUGGCAGGGCACCCCGCGUCGCCCGCCCACCCGCUCUCAGGAUGUCCUGUCCCCAGCGUGCCACCGGCUGCAGAACCUGUUCCUCACCUGCAGACCCCCAACUCUGACCCUCAGACCAUGGCCCGAGAAUGUCCACAGAGCUCCAAGCCUCCCAGCGGCUCCAAGUCCGGUCUGCGGAACACUCCGGGCUGCCUCCACGCCUCCGACAGCAAAGCAGCAGGAGGACAUUCCCAUCCCAAGCAGCAGCGGAUCAGCAGGCGCAGAGCGACCAACGGCUGGAUCCCCGUGGGCACGGCCUGUGAGAAGGCUGUCUACGUCGUGAAUGAACCAGAGCCUGCUGUGCGCAAGAGCUACCAGGCUGUGGAGAGGGAUGGGGAGAUCAUCCGGGUGCGAGACACUGUCCUGGUGAAAUCAGGACCCCGGAAGAAAUCCAUGCCCUACGUCGCCAAGAUAUCGGCACUGUGGGAAGACCCCAAAACAGGGGAGCUGAUGAUGAGCCUCCUGUGGUAUUACAGACCAGAGCACACUCAGGGCGGCCGCAACCCCAGCAUGCACCAGGUGACUCCUCCUUUCCUCCCUCUCUUGCAGAAUGAGAUCUUUGCAUCCCGACACCAGGAUGAGAACAGUGUUGCCUGCAUCGAGGAGAAGUGCUACGUGCUGACCUUCGCAGAGUACUGCAGAUUUUGUGCCUUGGCAAAACGUCGAGUCGAAGGGAUCCCAGGCAGGAAAACCAUCAUGGUUCCUCCCUCAGAGGAGUACUCCACCCCUCUGCACCGCAAGGUGCCCGAGGACACGGACCCCGAGCUGGUUUUCCUCUGUCGUCACGUCUAUGACUUCAGGCACGGGCGCAUCCUGAAGAACCCGCAGUAG